UCCUCUCUCCUCCACGCCACCCAACACAAUCACUUCCCUUCUUUGUUCUAUAAACCUUUUGCUACCAGAAACUCGAUCCCGACGAUCUCUACCAGUUCUCUUAAUAGGUCUAACAGUCCUUCAACUCUCUCCGCCAAACCAAAUGAACGGCCUCCCAAUGGACACCUUCCAGCCACUAGACCCCGAUGUCUUCGUCAAAGAGUCUCGAGCAGUAGUCGACUUCAUAGCCAACUACUAUCGAGACAUCGAACAGUACCCGGUCCGAAGCCAGGUCGAGCCGGGGUAUCUGAGCAAGCGUCUUCCCGACCAAGCUCCCAUUUUCCCUCAGCCCCUCCAUACAAUUCUGGAUGAUAUCCGCGACGACAUCUUCCCUGGCCUUACCCAUUGGCAAAGCCCCAACUUCUAUGCAUACUUCCAGACCAAUGCGAGCACCGCCGGCUUUCUCGGCGAGAUGCUUUGCUCCGGUCUGAACAUUGUUGGGUUCAGCUGGAUCUCGUCUCCAGCCGCCACCGAGCUGGAGAGCAUAGUCAUGGAUUGGAUGGGGAAGCUGCUCAACCUCCCUUCAUCCUUCCUGUUCUCCGGUGGCAAAGGUGGUGGCGGUGUCCUGCAUGGGAGCACAUGCGAGGCGGUGGUGUGCACACUAGCAGCUGCACGAGACAGAGCUUUAAGCAAGAUGGGAGGCGAUGGGAUCACCAAACUGGUGGUCUACGCAUCCGAUCAAACACAUUCCACGGUUCAGAAGGCAUCAAAGCUCAUCGGCAUCCCACCAUCCAACUUCCGUGCCAUCCCGACGUCAGCUGCGUCGGACUAUGCACUCGAUCCGGACAGCGUUCGGUCCUCCAUGGAGGCCGACAUCGCCAAAGGGUUGGUGCCCGUGUACCUGUGUGCCACGAUCGGUACCACCUCUGUUGGAGCCGUGGAUCCACUAUUAGAGCUCGGGAAAGUUGCGAACGAGUAUGGCGUUUGGUAUCACAUCGAUGCAGCUUAUGCUGGUAGUUCGGGUAUAUGCCCUGAAUUCCGGCAUUACUUUGAUGGUGUGGAGCUGGCCGACUCGCUCAGCAUGAAUCUCCACAAGUGGUUCCUCACCACCUUGGAUUGCUGCUGCCUCUGGGUCAAGAGCCCAUCGUUACUGGUGGACUCCUUGUGCAGCAAUCCCGAGUACCUCAGGAACAACGCUAGUGAUGCUAAAAUGGUGGUGGACUACAAGGACUGGCAGAUCGCGCUCAGCCGGCGCUUCCGAGCCAUCAAGCUGUGGGUGGUCCUCCGGAGGUACGGCUUGGCGAACUUGGUGGAGCACAUAAGGAGCGACGUCGCGAUGGCCAAGCACUUCGAGAGGUUGGUGGCCAUGGACCGGAGGUUCGAAAUGGUGACGCCGCGCAAGUUCUCGUUGGUGUGCUUCCGACUCAAACCGAGGUUCCAAGGGGAUGAUCCAUCGGAGUUGAACCGAAGGCUAUUGGAGGCGGUGAACUCGAGUGGACAAGCUUUCAUGACUCAUGCCGUGGUGGCCGGAAUGUUUGUUAUACGGUUUGCCAUCGGAGCAACCCUGACGGAGAUGCGGCAUGUGGAGGCUACGUGGAAGCUGAUUCAAGCCAAAGCGGACGGUUUUACGCUCAACGGUUCAUGCGAGAAAGCUUAUUCCAAUGGCUUUCAUUAGCGUGCUUCCUUCUUAAUUUUUACGUUUUGUCUGAAUAAAAAAUUUGACCGUCGUGGUUCCUGUUGGUCAGUUCAUGCUGUGGUCCGUAAUAAAAGAUGUGACAUGUACCGUGUUGCAAAUUUAUUUUAAUGAAACGUGUUUAUUCUCUUUUGUCUCC